UGCCAGCUACCAGUAAAGACGGUUGCACUGUUGCAUGUGGCGCUCGCAAAGCCCAUUCUAAAGAAUCUUGUUUUCUAGUACUAAUACUAUCUUAGUUAGAAUGGAUUAGUUAGAAUCAAUAAAUAUGGGUGUUGGACUGGUAGAGUGGUAGUUGAGGGGGGUAUGUGCAUGCGUUCUUGUGAAGCAGAGAGUGUGAGAGAGAGAGAGAGAGAGAGAGAGAGUUCUGAUAAGUUAAUACUGUUACUAUGGCUGAGAUUAACGAAGUGUUGCUGAAGAAGAAGGACAAGGUUGAAUACUAUGAGAAUUGCCCAGGUUGUAAGAUUGACAAGCUUAAAGAAAGCUCCCUUGGCCUUCCUUACAAGCAUUUGUUCUUCCUCUUCAUCGUGGUCCUUGCUGCAGCUUUGCCAAUAUCAUCUCUGUUCCCUUUCCUAUAUUUCAUGAUAAGAGACUUUCAUAUUGCAGAAAGGGAGGAAGAUAUUGGCUAUUAUGCUGGUUAUGUGGGAUCUGCCUUUAUGUUUGGAAGAGCUUUGACUUCUGUGCUCUGGGGAAUGAUAGCUGAUCGAUAUGGUAGAAAGCCUGUAAUAUUGUUUGGCUCAGUUACACUGGUUAUUUUCAAUACUCUUUUUGGCCUCAGUACAAACUUUUGGAUGGCAGUUUCCACAAGGUUUCUUCUUGGAAGUUUGAGCGGUAUACUUGGCCCAAUGAGGGCUUAUGCUUCAGAAAUUUGCCGUAAAGAAUAUCAAGCUUUGGGAUUGUCAAUUAUUAGCACAUCAUGGGGCAUUGGAUUAGUCAUUGGUCCAGCUCUUGGAGGUUAUCUUGCCCAGCCAGCGGAGAAAUAUCCAAACAUAUUUUCUGAAGAAUCUCUUUUCGGUAGGUUUCCAUACCUGUUACCAUGCCUUCUCAUAUCAAUCUUUGCAUUGGGAGUUGCUGUUCUAAGCUGUUGGCUCCCGGAAACACUACAUAUACAUACUAAAAACAAAGUACUUGAGGACUCAUAUGAUGCACUAGAGGCCACUGCCUAUGGGCCCAGUGAGAAAGGAAAUAUACAAAUUUCUGAGGAGAGGCAUCAAUUUUCUUUACAGAGCCUUCUGAAAAAUUGGCCCUUGAUGUCAUCUAUCAUUGUAUACUGUGUUUUCCAACUUCAUGAUAUGGCUUAUUCAGAGAUUUUUUCAUUAUGGGCUGUUAGUCCCAGGAAAUAUGGGGGAUUGAGCUAUUCAACUGCAGAUGUUGGUGAAGUUCUCGCUGUUUCAGGUUUCGGUCUAUUGCUCUUUCAGCUAUUUUUAUACCCAUUGGUGGAGAGGUUUUUUGGGCCCAUCAGGACAUCUCGCAUUGGGGCAGCCUUAAGCAUACCAUUGCUGUCAAGUUACCCUUUUAUAGCUACACUUUCUGGUCUCAGCCUCGCUCUAUUGAUUGGCUGUGCAUCUUUAUUGAAGAAUGUGCUUGCUGUAUCAAUCACUACAGGAUUGUUCCUUCUUCAGAACAGAGCUGUGUCCCAAGGGGAAAGAGGAGCGGCAAAUGGCAUAUCAUUGUCUGCUAUGUCUUUAUUUAAAGCACUUGGUCCAGCUGGUGGAGGUUCACUAUUUUCCUGGGCACAGAAGCGUCAAAAUGUGGCCUUUCUUCCAGGUGAUCACAUGGUUUUCUUCGUCCUAAACGUGAUUGAGGCGAUUGGACUGCUGAUGACUUUUAAACCUUUUCUAGCUGAACCAGCUGUGGACAAGUGACAACAUUUCCUAGCUUAAUUCUAGAGGUUGACUAACCCAAGAUAUUGGGAUUUCAGCCUUCAAAGAAUAAUUUAAGAAAUGCUGUAGAUCUUUCCUACAGCAGGCCAUUGAUGUUAAUGUUGACCAAUCAAGAAUUUUGGUGAUAAAAGGCCUGCUCUCUCUCUUUUCAAAUGACCAUUCAAUUAAACAUAAAAUACCACCCCUAUUCAAAUCUGCCAAAAAAAGAAAAAGAAAAAGAAAGUGAUGUAUAUGUGUGCACUUUAUUCUGUCCUAAUUGACUGCUAGCAUUUGUAUUUGUCAUUAUUCUCUUUUAGCAAGGUAAUGAUCAAGGCAUCAUCACAACCCACGUUGUUGGGCCAUGUAGUGCUACUCUUUUGGAUAUUGGAUAUUGCUAGUAGAGAUGUAAAUAAAAUAGGCUUAUGGCCUAGGUCUGUCUUUGUGAUA